GAAUAAUUUUUUUAUUUAAAAAAGUACCUUAUAUUACCAUUUUGAGGACAAGUGAGUCGCUGAAACUCACUAGUGACGGUGACGGCAGCAAAACAAUUGAGAAACACAGUUCCAGAAUCAGUUCAUUGGAUUCUCAUUCUCUCAUUCUAGGGUUCUUCUUCUACAUUGGCCCCCUUUCCUUUCCAUUCUGCAUAAAGGAAUCAUCAAUGGAAAACAGUAGCUCGGGGCAAACCGUGCAAGAUGGCAAACUCUUCAGACACCUCAAUUCUCUUAUCGUCGCUCACCUUCGUCACAGCAAUCUCACUCAGGCUGCUACUGCUGUUGCUUCUGCAACGAUGACACCGUUGAAUGUAGAAGCCCCAUCCAACAAGCUUCUUGACUUGCUUGCUAAGGGUCUUGCAGCGGAAAAGGAUGAUGUGUCAAGAGGGACUUCAUCUUCCCCCUUUCAAGAUUUGGGUGCAUCAUUGCCCUUGCCCCGUCCCGGUGCAACACCCAUUGAUUUCAGUUCUUUGGCAGAUUUAAAAGGUUCGUCAAAGAGUUUCCCAAAGCAUGAGACACGGCACCUUUCCGAACACAAGAAUGUUGCCAGAUGUGCUAAGUUUAGUCCUGAUGGAAGGUUUGUUGCCACCGGAAGUGCAGAUACAUCAAUAAAGCUAUUUGAGGUUUCAAAGAUCAAGCAGACGUUGCUCCCAGAUGCAAAGGAUGGUCCUGUGCGGUCUGUUCUAAAAACAUAUUAUGACCAUACACAACCAAUAAAUGAUCUGGAUUUUCAUCCGCAAGGUACUAUCCUGGUUUCUGGAGCCAAAGAUCAGACAAUAAGGUUUUUUGAUGUUUCAAAAGCCAAUGCCAAGAGAUCAUACAGGCUUAUCCAGGACACACACAAUGUUCGCUCUGUAUCUUUUCACCCCUCAGGAGACUUUCUGUUGGCAGGCACUGAUCAUGCGAUUCCACAUUUGUAUGAUAUAAAUACCUUUCAGUGUUAUCUGUCAGCAAAUGUUCCAGAUAAUAGCCCUAAUGGAGCCAUAAACCAGGUUAGAUAUUCUUGUACAGGUUCCAUGUACGUUACAGCAUCUAAAGAUGGUGCUAUUCGGUUGUGGGAUGGCAUCACUGCCAACUGUGUGCGCUCAAUAACUGCAGCACAUGCUACAGCAGAAGCUACCAGUGCAAUUUUCACAAGAGAUCAAAGGUUUGUCCUCUCCUGUGGGAAGGACUCUACCAUAAAGCUUUGGGAGGUUGGCUCUGGAAGAUUAGUCAAACAAUAUCUCGGUGCCGUGCAUACACAACUAAGAUUCCAGGCUAUUUUUAACGCAACAGAAGAAUUUAUUCUAUCCAUAGAUGAACUCAACAACGAGGUCAUUAUCUGGGAUGCGAUGACAACAGAAAUAGUAGCAAAAUGGCCUUCUAAUCAUGUAGGUGCACCGCGCUGGCUUGAACAUUCCCCAGUAGAGUCUGCUUUUAUUUCAUGUGGAACUGAUAGAUCAAUUCGGUUCUGGAAGGAGGUUUAAUUUAUAGUAGUCCUUAAUUAAAGAGAUCAAUGACUAUAGUUAAUUCUGCAAAAUCGGUAAAUGUAUUUACUGCAUAAAAUUGGAGGAUCAUGUUAACCUGUGCUGAUGUGGCGUGUUAGUUUUUUAAAUGCUUAAUUAUUUUUUCA